AAGUGUUUAGUUGAAGAAAACAGAGGAGAAUUUGUGAGAAGUUUGUUUGGAGAAAUGAAAAACUCUGGGCCAUCACCUAAUGUUUACACCUACGAUUAUGAUGAACUUUUAUUGCAAAGGAUAUCAUGGGAGGGGUGUAGACAUCGAACAAGCAACAAAACUUAUGGAGGAUAUGGAGGGAGAUGGGAUAAACCCAUCUGUUGUAACAUACAGUACAUAUAUUUAUGGGGUAUGUAGUGUUGGUCAUGUUGAAUUUGCUCUAGAUUUCAUUCAGUUUUGAGAUCUAGAAACCAGCCUAUCAAUAGCUUCUGUUAUAAUGCUGUUAUGUAUGGGCUUUGCCAAAAGGUGAGCCGUAUGAAGCAUCAAAAGUUUUGGAAGAAAUGAAGAAUUCUGGGAUAUCACCAGAUGCUCAUAGCUAUGGCAUUUUGGUCGAUGGGUUUUGUAAACGAGGUGAUUCUGUGAAAGGUCUAAGUUUGAUUGAGGAGAUGGUACAUAAUGACAUGAAGCCUUCGCUUGUUACUUAUACAUCAUUGUUUGAUGGGCUCUGUAAGAGCGGACUGGCAGAUGUUUCACUGAAUAUGUUCCGUAAUCUUGCUACCUCCGGAUAUGAAUAUGACCUGGUUGCUUACAGUGUCUUGCUCAAGGGCUUUUGUCUUCAAGGGGAUCUAGAUUCUGCCAUGGAACUUUUUAAUGAGAUGAUCAACAAUAGCUUAAUUCCUACUGCCAACAGUUUCAACUGGUUGAUUCAUGGAUUCUGUAAGAUGAGGCUCUUGGAUAAAGCCUUGGAACUCUUCAACAUCAUGCUGCAAAGUGAUGUCUUACCUACUGUCUUCACUUUCAAUGUAAUUGUCGAUGGGUAUUGCAAUGCGGGUCAUAUGGAGGAAGCUUUGAAACUGAUAAAUGAAAUGCAUGAGUUUGGCAUUUUUCCCAACACUUAUACAUAUAAUGGAUUUAUUAAGAGGCUUUGCAAGCAAAGCAGCAUAGACAAAGCUUGGGAACUUCUUCCCCAAAUGCUUAAAAUGGACACUCUUCAUGAUGUUCAUUGUAACAUCCUAUUAGAUGGAUUUGCUAAACAGUUGAGCUUAAAGAAGACCUUGAUGUUGUACACUAGAAUGUUAAAGUUUGGGGUCACACCAACUACUUUUACAUAUACAAUUCUUAUCAACAUAUUCUGCCAGAGCAGAGACAUGCAUGAAGCAUGGAAUUUGUUUAAGGACAUGUUGGAAAGGGGCUUGAUUCCUGAUACUAUUUCUUAUACAUCUGUUAUAGCUGGAUUUUGUAGAGUUGGGGAUAUGAGGAAGGCUUGGGCUUUAUAUAGGGAAUUGGUGCAAAGAGGAUAUUCUCCCAAUGUUGUUACCUACACCUGUCUAAUAGAUGGAUUUUGCAAUGUACAUUGUAUGGAUAUGGCCAACUUGUUAAUUGAUGAAAUGAAAAAACGAGAUAUCAACCCAGAUGUGGUGACUUAUACCGCUCUAAUUGCUGGGUAUCAAAGACUUGGUGAUAUUAAUAGAGCACAGGAGUUGUUCUCUGAAAUGAAAGGGAACGGUAUUUUGCUUGACUAUGCUGCCUAUUGUACAAUGGGAAUGGAUACUAACAUGGCUUCAUAUGAUUAGAAAAUUGAGGAAACGAUGAAAGAACGGAAUGGUUAAGUGAUUUGUCAUGGUCCUGGCACAUGAAUGACUUUUUCGGCUCAAUCAUGUUUCCUUAAUAUUUCGUGGGUAAAUGCUGAAAAGGUUGGCAUAAAAUUGAUCUCCUUCCAUUAGAGAGGUACGGGAUGGUCUUCAUUGUGUUUGCUUUAUGUGGAUAUGAACCCCCAAGCAUAGAAAAGCAGGGAAGCGGGUCUUCAUCACUCUCUACGGGUUCUCAGAAGGAGAGAUCAAAAUCAAGUAAAAAAGGACCAGCCAAGACGAAAUCUGGCAAGACUGUUGAUCCUCUUGUGCCAGUAUUCAGUAUAAAUGAUAUAAAGGAGUGUGUUGAAGGUAAACUAAUCACUUUCUUGUUUUUGAGUUAAAGCGGUGAUUAUUUGUUUCAUGCCUGUUGACCUAAUGAGGAAAAGUUCCAUCAAUAUCCUGCAUUGCGAUUUGUGAAAUUAGGUGCUGAGUUUAAUGAUGAAAAGCCACUACUAGUUUCUCAAAUGAGCAGGAGAAACCUUGGUCAGUCUGGCAGCUUUUGUUGCCUCUGCACUUCCGGAGAAUGGUGGUGUUCCUCUGUCUUCUAUGCCAGAAGCACAUCUUAAGGAAGCAAUUGAUGUUAUCAGCUAUGAAUAUGAGGACAAAACAAUCUGGUGAAGUGAGUGCCUGCAGAUUGGAUGGAUCUAUGGUUCUGUUACAGAAGAUAUUACUACAGGACUCAAAAUGCAUGCCUAUGGUUGGUAGUCAUUUUUGUACAUGCCAAAACGACCAGCCUUUUAAGAGUCUGCUCCUAUUAAUCUUUCAGAUUGUCUGAACCAAGUGCUUGACGGGUCCUUGGUUCUGUGGAAAUUCUUUUAAGUAGGCAUUGCAUAUCUCAUAUGGUUAUGGUGAUAGGCUGAAGUUAGCUUGAACGGUUCGCAUAUGUUAACACUACCAUCUACCGGUCACUGCUUCCUCUUCUCAUGUAUUGCACAUUGCCUGCUGUCUGCUUGCUAACAAGUCCAUCAUCCUACAGGAAUCUUCUAUACCAUCAACAGUGGUUAUCAAUCAUGGGGUCUCUCUUUGGUAAGUUUUUUCACCUUCAAGGCGAUCCAUCUACACCUUCCUGAAGGCUCCAACGGGGCAGCAAAACGGACACCGACCGGUGUGCCAUAUAUAUAGGCCGUAUGGUUGCAGCAUCUGGAAAACACUGCUAUUUAUUCAAGUAUAUAGACACAUGUUUGAGUGUAGAAGCAAAUUGGAGUCUAUCAUUCUAUUUCAUAAAAUUACAAGUUAGUACCAGAGGUUUUCCUUUAGAAAAGAUACCAAAAAUAUGGAAAUUUUCCUCUGGAUUGUAAGGAAA